AUGGAGCGCGGCAGUGAUGGGACGCUGGGCAUGUCCGAGGAGAGUGGCGUUCGCGACGCAGCAGUGUGCCGCAACGCUGCAUGCCCGUACUGGCACCGCAAUCAGCUUACCCACGUCAAGAUGGCGGUCAUGGUCUUUCUAGACUCCGUGCGUUGUCAGUCGGUGGUCGAUGAGUAUCUCUGCGCCGUCACCCACGCGACCGCCCGCCUGGCGCGUCACGUGCAUCACGCGGACUCCAUCUCGUUAGUAUGUGCCCUGCUCUGUGAGGUGCUGCAGACAUUGAUAGCGACUGGGCUGCAUGUGAGGCUUCUCGCGGACAAGCAGUCCACACGUGCGAUGAUGAGCGCCCCCACUGUGAAGGCUACGGACGCGCAACGCGCUUCACCUACCCGCGCCGUCUUUCUGCGGAGCGCCGAAGAGGUGGAGUGCUGGAGCGCUGUCGAGCGGCAGCAACAGCAGCACUCCUCCAGCACCGACUCUUUAUCGCUCGCGGCUGCAGCUGCUGCACAGUUCCAGUUGCAUCCGAGCUCCUUGUCAUGGCGGUGCAUGCUGGCCGCCGUGGAGGACGUUGCGCAGCGGCGCUGGCUGGGACACCAGGGCGUGGUCUUGUUUCCCAGCUCGCCAGAGUUGCAUCUGCAGUACGUGCUUGCGGUGCUGAGCAGCGGCGGCAGCGUCGCUGAGGUGCUCGAGACUUGUCUGGCAUCCUGCCGCACACUUUCUGCUCAGGCGGCUGCCUCUGUAGUGGCGGGUCUGGACUGUGGGCAGUACGCCACCAGGGUGGCACGCCAUGCUGCGUACUUGCUUGCUCGUGUGUUUGUGCACGUCGCGCAGACAGACACGGCCGCAGCUUUGGCAUUUCUGGCGCCUUUUUUGAGAUCCGACGCGGAGGCAGGCGUGGCUGCUCUUCUUCUGCCGUUGGCGCGUCAGAAUUUGACGCUUCUGAUGGUGGCACUGCGCCGCACCGGUCACCUGCACUACACCAACUUCCUCCCUCUCGCUGCCAUCUCCGACAUAGCCCUGGAGCUCUCAUCGCCGGAUGGCGCUAACCCGUCAGAAAGCGGCCGUGACACACUCUACGCAGCGUUGAAGCUGGUCAUGUCGUACAAGCGUGACCGCUUUGAUGCGCAGCUGGUGAGCUGCUGUGACGCAGCGCUGCAGAUUAGCGUCCUGCGAACCUUCUCCUACCGACUGGCGUACAUCGAGCGCGUGGUGGAAAAGACGGUUCCGGAGUCGCCGCUAUCGCAGGGCGUUCUCUACAGCGAGUACGUGGAUGCGGUUGCUGAGCAGCAGUCAGUGCAUGCUGCAGCCCUCGUCGCCGACGCUCUUGCGCGCAAUGAAGGGGCUUCCUGUACGCUGACGCUGCUACUGCGGGGACGCCUCCGCAUGUGGGGGGCGUCCCUCUCAUCGGACGCGCAAAACGCUGUGUCGGCGUUCUGCGCGGCGAACCAACUCUCCCCCGACGAGCUCGGUAACAUGGCCCACCUUUGGGAUGCCUUCCAGACGCCUUGUUCCUCCCGUUCUCCACCUGUGGAGUGGGUAUGCGCGUACGCGCUCCACGUGAUGUGCACAUUGGGUGGCGAGGCUGCUGCAGAGCCGGCAUGGGCAAAGAUGGACGCGCUGCCGGUGGAGUCGCUGAUGCAUGACGUAGUCGCUGCCGCCUUUUUCUUCCACGUUCUCCUGCAGCUCAGCGGGGAGGCUCGCAGUGCGACGCUCUUCCACCGCACAGUGCACCGCUGUCUUUCCCUCUUUCUCGAGGCGCACCUCCUCAGCUGGAGCGCACUGGAAGGGUCAGCGGAGAAUAUGAUCGGACUGCCACACUAUCUGAGUCUCUGCAUCUACCAAGAGGUGCCACUGCUGUUGGGCCCUGGCGCCGACGACACGUUCGCGUGGCGCUGCCUUGUCCUGGAGGUAGCUACCAGUUUGGGUGUUCUCCAUCCUCUUCUGGUGACCGCCUAG